AUGGCGGAGGAAGCUCUUGGGAAAACAGUGAAGGAGCUGAAGCAAGAAAGAACUUUGGCAAAGAGUGCUUUUACCAAGCAAGCAAACUUCCUUAGCAGAGGUGCAAAACACAUGACUAAGAGCGAACUGCGAGAGGAGUUCAAGAAGCUCACGUCGGAGGCAAGGAAGGUCAGUGAGACAAAUGAUGAAUACAGGGCUGGACUUCUGGCAGACAUUGAAGCUGAAACCGAUGAGGGUGAAGAAACUGACCUGAGCAAGCAGCAGCAGACUGAACUUGAGAAGACAUUCCAAGAAUGCGAAGUACGAUUGGAUGAGGUCAGGGGGAUGAUCCAGUCCAACCUAUGGCCUAGAUACGGGGAGGACGAGGUGAAGUCUGCAAUCAAAGAAGCUGAGACCGCCUGUGAUGGAGUUGCUCAAAUACCUGUUAUUGCUGUAAAUAGAGAUGGCUUCGAGCUACGGUGGAAUGGUGCGAAGGCACAAGUCCAAGAUGCAAUCACAAGCCUAGCAGAGUGGGAGAUGUGGAUUCCAGUAGCGGAAAAAGAACGGCUGGAAGCCAGAAUAAAGAAUCUGAAAGCAUUCAGAAACAACCUUGAAGCAAGGAGGGCAGAAUUUCUCACAGCGCAAAGAAUUGCGGAUGAGGAUAAAGACAGAGGGAGAGUGCUGCAGAUGCCCAUGCCAGCUCCACAGCCGACACUGAGAAUAAAACCAACCUGUUUACCCAAGUUCAGUGGGUAUAAAAGGAAUUUCCAUCGAUGGAGGAGAGACUGGGAGAGUCUACAGAAGCAGGGGGAACCAACAGGCUCAGUCGAAGUAAAGAAAAUCCAACUCAUUGACAGUGUAGAUGAGAGAAUGUGCAGAGACCUCCGUUUGUCUACUUACAAUACUGCUGAGGACAUGUUCAGGGUGCUUGAGAACAGGAAAGGCGGCUGUGUUGUCUGUGGAGAUGAAAAGCAUAGAGAAAAGAUCUUCUUUUGCAAGCGUUUCAAAGAGCUGAAGCCGGUGGAAAAGUUGGAUGCUGUAGAAAAGCUGGGGGCCUGCAAGAGGUGCUUGGUCUGUCAUGGAGAAGAUGAUGAAUGCAAAGACACUUACCUGUGCAGGAAAAGAGACUGUAAGAAAGACCAUCAUUUCUUUCUUUGUCUGAAGGGAGAUUUCAAGAGAAGUGACUCAGACAGAAGACAAUCCAAUGUGAGAAGGUAUACGCUUACAGAGGAGCAGGAGGAAUUGGUAUCUAAGCUCUCCCCAGAGAUGGCAGAGAAAUUCAAGAAAGCAUUCACCAACGCCACUGCGAAAACAAACUGUGUCGAAAAUAAUCAGCUGGGAGUGACUGAGUCAAGUGCAGUAGAAGAAUUGCCAGUUAUUCUAAUGUUGCUCAAGGUAACUGCCAAUGCAGGACAAAGAAUUGGAACCCUGAUCGACUUGGCAUCGGACACAAACUACAUCACUCACAGAGCUGCCAGAAGAUUAAAUCUUCGAAGUGAAAACAUCACUUUAGUCGUUCAUGGAGUCGGAGGAAUGGCCAUGAAGGUUAGAACCAGAAGAUAUCUCCUCAGAGUGAGGGUCAAAACGCCCAUAGGCACGGAAAGAGCUCAUGAGCUUAUCUGCUAUGGUUUGAAUGAAAUUGCCAACGUCCACAGAGUCAUCAAACCUGAGCAACUCAAGAAGUUCUUCCCAGAAGUCAAUCUAGGAGAUCUGAGUAGACCAGAGAAUAUUGAGCUACUGAUAAGCCACCGCGAAGGAAGACUUGCUCCGCAAAGAGUGAAGGUGAUUGGAGACCUUGUCUUGUGGGAAGGCCCGCUAGGAAAGACUGUUGGUGGAGCACAUCCAGAUCUGUUUGAAGAAGUGGAUAUAGCCGCACACAGGUCUGAAACACACUUUGCUCGAUCCAUGAAAGCAACUGCUGUCAAAUAUCAAGAGAUAGCUAAGCUGUUCACAGCUGAAACCAAAGGAACAGUUGCUCACAGAGAGUUCUUGGAUUGGUGGAAGUGGGACAGCAUUGGAGCAGCUUGCGACCCAAAGUGUGGAGGAUGCCGGUGCGGCAACUGUCAACCAGGAGGCAAAGAAAUGACUCUGAGUGAGGAAAGAGAGCUGGAGAUCAUAAGGAAAGGCCUCACCUACAUCAAAGCAGAUGCUCACAGUGAUGAACCCCACUGGGACACAAAAUACCCCUGGAUUCAAGAUCCAAGUUCCCUUCCUGACAACAGGAGUGGGGUGGAAGCCACCUUCUUGAGAACAGAAAAGCAACUCAAAAAAGAGCCAGAGUGGAGAAUAGCAUACACAGCUCAAGUCCAUGAAAUGGUCGAGAGAAGAGCAGCGAAGAAACUCACCAAAGAGCUCAUUGCCAGCUGGAAGGGGCCAGUAUGGUAUGUCAGCCACUUGGUGGCAGCAAACCCGCACUCUCUCACAACACCUGUGAGACUGGUAUGGAACAGCAGCCAGAAGUUUAGAGGGGUCAGCAUGAAUGACCUUCUGCUGAAAGGGCCUGAUGUCCUCAAUCCCAUCCGAGCAGUACUACUCAGGUUCAGGAGAGGCGUCAAUGCUGCCCUCGGCGACAUUAAGAAAAUGUACAAUUCUGUGUGGUUGGAAGACCUGGAGAUGCACCUCCACAGAUUUCUCUGGAGAGACACUGAGGAGGAAGAGAUUGAAGAGUAUGCGAUCACCAGAGUCAACAUUGGCGAUCGACCAGCAGGGUGCAUUGCGCAAUUGGCUAUGAGAGAGACAAGCAAACUGCCCAUGUUUGCUCACCUGGAGGAGGAACGUAGGAUCCUUGAAGAGGAUACCUAUGUCGAUGACAUCCUGACUUCCCAUAAUGACUUGCAAAAGCUGGACCAGAACACCAAAAGUGUUGAAGAGAUCCUGAAGGCAGGCGGCUUCGUCCUCAAGCCCUGGGUCCGGUCAGAUCAAAGUGGGAGGCAGGAGAUCGUACCAGAAGAACAAGGAGCGCAGUCAAGCACAGCACUCAUUCUCCCAAACCAAAUGAGGGAAGGAUACAAUAAAGCCCUUGGAGUUGGAUACCUUGUUGAGGAGGAUAGACUGUACCUCAUGACUUCAAUCAAUUUCUCAAAGAGGAAAGGGAAAAUGAGAGUCGGCCAAAAUCUCCUUGAUGAAGAGGUGAGAGGGAAAACUCCAAACCCACUGACGAGAAGAGAACUGCUGAGCCAGGUAGCUAGCCUGUAUGACCCAAUAGGCCUCGUCACACCUGCCAAACAAAAGGGCGCCAUUCUUGUCAGAAAGGCGUUUCAGGAAGCUGGAGGCAAAACUCUGACCCGAGACACUUGGGAAAAACCUUUGUCUGAAAAUUUGAGGGAAGAAGCCAUCCAAUUCUUUGAGGAAUACACACGUCUUGGCCAAAUCACCUUUCACAGAAGCCUCACACCAGCCAACUGGAUUGGAAAACCAUGGGGAAUAACAUUCUCUGAUGGAAGUGACAAGAGCUAUGGAGCCGUAGUGUACUUAAGAUGGGAGACCCAGCAAGGCAUCAAAGUCAGACUGGUUGAAUCCAAAGCAAAGCUUACACCAUUGGACCAAAAGGGAGAACCAGUAAAAGCUGAAAUCUGCGGUGCUGUCUAUGCAGCACGACUUCGAAAAGUUGGAGAGAUCCAGAAAUCCACAUCCAUAGAAGACUGGUGGUGGAUCCCAGGAAGCCUGAACAGUGCUGACAUCAUAACAAGAGGGGCAGCCCCAGAAGACCUCCAGGAAGAUUCCAUGUGGCAGGAUGGACCAGCAUUCCUGAGGAAACCUGUGAAAGAGUGGCCACAUAAGUCAGCCAAAGAAAUCGCUGCGUAUGCCAAGGAAGGUAUAAACAAACUUCGAAGGAAAGCUUUCUCAGCAGCACUGACCAGAGCGCAGGUCAAGAGAAACCAGAGUGAUACACAGCAAAAUAAACCAGAUGAACCUAAGACUCGGAUCCGAAGAUCACCAGCCGGCUCUGCGGUAACAAAACUGAUUGACAUCAGGAAAUUCAGCAAUCUGACCAGGCUGAUCCGAGUCAUUGCCUGGGUUUGGAGAGCCGCAACGAGAUGGAAAGAAAUGUUAACCAAGAAUUCAGCCUCAGAUAAACCAAAGUGGGAGGACGCUCUUUCAACAAACUGGAGGUACAGAGCCAAACAAGCUGUACUCACUGUCGGGGAGUGUGAGGAUGCACUAAGAGACUUGUUCCUUGCAGCUCAAGAAGGUAUAACCUUUCAAGAUACCACUCUCAACAGACUCGCUGUUUACAGAGAUAAAGAGACUGGGCUCUUAGUUUGUGGAGGAAGGUUCCAGAUCUUUGAUGAGGAGGAAACUGCCGUACCAAUUCUACCAUAUGAGGCAUGGAUAUCCACUCUCCUAGCUCAAGAGGCCCAUGGUGCAAAUCAUGAAGAAAUAGCAGGCACACUCCUCCGGAUGAGGAAGAAAGCCUGGGUGAUAAAAGGCCGGAAGCUGGCUAAAAAGAGAGUUGACAAUUGUGUGGUGUGCAGAAAGGCCAGGGCCAGAAAGUGCCAACAGAUCAUGAGUGACCUUCCAUCCGAGCGGAUAACACCAGCCAGACCAUUUGAGUACACAACAGUGGACUUAUUUGGACCGUAUGAAGUCAAGGACGAGGUGAAAAAGAAAACCAAGCUCAAGGUGUGGGGUAUUGUCUUCUGUUGCAUGGUAUCCAGAGCUAUGCACACAGAUGUUGUCAGUGACCAGUCGACGGAAGGCUUCCUACUGGCUUACCAAAGAUUCACGGCACUGAGAGGGCACCCAAAGAAAUUGUGGUCAGAUCCUGGAAAGAACUUUGUGGGUGCCAGACCUGCCCUCAAAGAACUCUACAUCUUCUUGGAUCAACUAGAUAAAUCUGAGCUUGAAAAUGAAGCUUCCAAGCAUGGGACAGAAUGGAGCUGGAAAAUCCACCCAGCAGACUCCCCUCACAGGAAUGGAGCUGCAGAAGCAGCUGUUCGUACUGUGAAGCGGGCUUUGCACAACCUGGGAGGAGAAGGACUCUUCACAUGGACUGAGUUUCAAACAUUUCUCUACACGGCUGCUAACCUUGCCAAUGAGAGGCCCAUAGAUGCAAGAACUCAAAGCCGGGAGGACUGCAUGGAAUACAUCAGCCCAAAUUCCCUUCUGCUUGGACGGAUUGGACCCAGAGGAGAUCUUGGAUGCUUUGAUUUUGAAAGCUACCCAUACAAAAGAUUGAGAGCGAUCCAAACAGAAGUUGACCGGUUCUGGAGGAAGUGGAGUCAGUUAGCUGGGCCCAAUCUAUUCGUGAGGAGUAAAUGGCACACAACACAUAGGAAUGUGGCUGUUGGAGAUGUUGUCUGGCUGGCUGACCAAAAUGCCUGGAGGGGUCACUACAAACUAGCCAGAGUCAUCAGUGUCAACAUUGACAAGAAGGGCAUCGUCAGAGAUGUGCAUGUCAGAACUUUUCCCAGCUACCCAGUCCCAACUGUGAAGCCUGCUCAAGAGAAGUCAAAGAAACUCUCAACUAAAAUACCUGCUACGGUUCUUCAUAGGGAUGUCAGACGCAUCAUUGUUUUACUUCCUGUUGAAGAAGGAAGAGCCUGAUAGCUGAAAUCGAACCUGCCCAACAUCGAGGUUCGUGUGACCUCCUUAGGUUCAAGAACCAGGAGGUCAAGUGGGAGGUGUUGCGUCAAAACAGAACACUCAAAACAUGAGCACAAUGGCAGCUCUUCCUUUAAAGACCUCCAGGCCUCAAGAGGGCAGAUAACCCAAAAAACACAGGUGGAACUAAAAAAUUGAGCCAGGAUUUCUGGAGGGACUACUUUUACAUGCGCACCUGUCAGAUAAGCAUGGGUAUAAAAUGUUUGGUCCUCAACAUACACACAGCUCAUUGUUCAACCCUAAAGACGCAACUGGUAUGUAAUGUUUGGAAUUAUUUAUUAUGUUGCAUCCAGUGCUUAGCAAUUUACAUGUUUAACUCUGGUAGGAAUUUUGACUUUUGUUGUGGAUAUUUUCUGACUGCAGAAGUAAUUGCUAGAAGUGCUAGAUUAAAUUGUUUAAACGUUUACUUUAUUCAAAGCCAUGCUUUGUUGCUGUGUCAUGCAUUGUUUAGUGUAAAAUAAUGCAUGUUUAUUCUCUGUUUGUUUAAGGUUAUCAACCUAUUCCUAGUGCUAGUGCUAUUCCUAGUGCUAGUGCUAUUCCUAUUGCUAGUGCUAUUCCUAUUCCCUAUUCCUCUGUGAUUCAACUACUCUAUUCAACAAAUCAACUAUUUCAACAUAUUCAACAAAUGGCAUCAAAACCAUAAUAAAACACUGGAAAGGAA